GUGCUGGCUCAGUAUCGUCGCGAUCCCCGCAAUCGCACAGUCAAUAAAUCGAGGAUAUAUAUUUUUGUCGCGUUUUCGUGCAAUCCGGAUAUACUCUGCCGUGGAAAAAAUAUAAAUACGUCCACUUAGAUUUAAACAUCAUUGCCUUAAAUAAAUAUUUAUCAUUUUUGUCACCGAUUGUUAUUAUUAUAUAAUAUAAGAUAUUUAUCGGGCAAGUGAGUUUGCUUUUUUGUGACAAUUUAUUAGUCUAGAUAAUUAAAAAAAUUAAACAAGUGAAGAAGAAAUAUUUAGCAUUUGAUAAUUAAAUAAUUAACAACACAUGAAAGAAGAAAAGAAGAAACAAUAAUUGUUGAGAAAGGGAAGUUGUUUUGACGAAUUGGCGCGGAAGUGGGUACGAGUGCUGGGGAAAGGCAACAAAAAAAGAGGGAGAUUAAAAUAAAAUAAAUAUAAAUAUAUUCAUUAUAUAUAUAGGAUAAUAAUAAUAAAAAAAACAAAUAAGGAGUAAAGUGCGUCGUCGAUCGCGCGAUUUCAACCGUUUCACUUAUAUCUGCGCUAUAUUAUAUAUCAUUAUCUGGAUAAGUAUGUUUUGUUUUUUACUUUUGCGUACAUCGAUGUAUAAUGGUCAUUAUAAUUGACGAAUUUAUCGAUACUAGUGACGAAAAGUUUUAUUCCAAAUAAGUUUUGUGCAUGAGUUGAGUAAUAAUAAUAAUAGUAAAAAAAAAAAAAUAAAUAAAAAAGGAAUAGUUAUGCGGAAUCGAUAAGAUUCUAUUAUAUGUAUUGACAACUGACAGUUUUUUAGUGUCGAGUAGAGGUUAAAGGAACAACAGUGCAAGUUUUUAAAAUCUGUAUAAAUAUAUAUGCAUAUUUAUAUCUGUAUUUAUGUUUGUAUAAUAAUGAUGUGCUGAACAUCAUUCUAAUUGUGGAUUGGAUUACCAUGCUGGACGCGGCCACAUGUCACAGGUGGCUGCAGUUAGACGUUAAGUCUAUUCCAAAGCCAGAAAAAAAUUGGCCGCGAUAUGUGCUCGAAAUAGCCAAAAGAAUCCAAUCAUCUUCUUGUAGAAGUCAACCUGUCAUGUUGUUCAGGUGAGCAGAAGGGAGGCGCUGACCGGUGGCGGCGGCGGCCAUGCGCCCCGGCCCGCCAUCACCGAGCCGCCGCAGGCCUCCCCGUCGCCAGAAGCAUUUGCCUGACUACUCAAGGACCCAUCAUCAUCAUCAUCACCGUCAUCACAAUCGUCAUCACCACUACUAUCAGCAUCACCAACACCGCCUUCAAAUAUCAGGUGCUCGCCAAAGUGCAAGAGCGAUCUUGCUUCUGCUGCUGCUGGUCUUCGAUUCUUGCGUCGCCCAAGUGGAGAUGGAUGUCGUGGGGGACAAGGCGCUCUUCCAGAACAAUACCCUGGCGCCCCUAUCUGUGUCCACCAGCUCGAGCUCUUCUGGCCUGUCUUUGCAGUCGGGUGCUCCAGUCACCAGCAGAAGACUCGCCAGUCGAAAGCCGCAGAAUCUUACCGUCGGGUAUCUUACUGCCAUCAAGGGUGGUCUCAAAGACAGACAGGGGCUGGCAAUAUCUGGAGCUAUGUCUAUGGCUAUUGAUGAGAUUAACAAUGAUCCAAACCUUUUACCAAAUGUCAAACUGGUGAUGCGAUGGAACGACACAAAGGGAGAAACCGUUGAGGCAACAAAGGCGAUGAUCGACAUGAUUUGCGAGGGAGUUGCGGCUUUUUUUGGACCCGAAGGAAAUUGCUACGUUGAGGCAAUAGUAGCUCAGUCCAGGAAUAUUCCUAUGAUUAGUUAUAAAUGUUCCGAUUACAGAGCUUCAAACAUACCAACUUUUGCGAGAACAGAGCCACCAGACAGACAGGCGUCUAAAUCAGUAAUAGCACUUCUCCUGCACUACGGGUGGACUAAAUUUUCAAUUAUCACGGAAAAGGACUGGUCGCUUGUUGCUGACCAAUUGGUGACCCAGGCUGUUAAUAAUAAUUUAACAAUAAAUCACUUCAAAAUUGUUGAGGAUCGACACAAAUGUUGCGAGGAUAAACUUGUUUGCUGUCAGAAUGUCUGGUUUCAAUUGAUUCAAGAAACUAAAAAUAUGACGAGAAUUUAUGUCUUUAUGGGCCCGUCACCUUCACUCAUAGAAUUAAUGUACGCGAUGCAGAAUCAAAGAUUGUUAGACAAUGGCGAGUACAUGGUGAUCUAUAUUGACAUGAUGACGUAUUCGCAGAAAGAAGCUAGCAAGUACUUAUGGAGACCAAGUGAAUUGAAUACGCUAAAGAAUUGUCUGGAUAUAAAUCAUUUUUUGAAACGAGCCCGUUCUUUACUGGUGGUAGCAUUAACACCACCUCUUCAAAGUUAUGAAAAUUUUACAGAAAAAGUUCAAGAGUAUACAAGAAAAGAGCCGUUCAAAUUUACGGUACCCGAAUUAUUUAACUAUUCGAAUUUUGAAAAAUAUAUAUCUAUUUAUGCGGCGUAUUUGUAUGAUUCUGUAAAACUAUACGCAACAGCACUUGACCAAUUAUUACGGGAACAACCAGAGCGUGAGAUCGACGAAAUAGUUAGUAAUGGUACGCUAAUUAUUCAAACAAUAAUUAGACGGCACACGUAUCAAAGUGUCAGUGGACAGACAAUAAAACUCGACUAUCAAGGUGAUUCGGAAGGAAACUUUUCAGUUCUUGCACUAAAAAAAGAACACUUUCAUUUCAUAGAUGCUUUGAAUUCGUUACCUGUCAAUUUUACGUGUGACUAUCAAAUGAAACCAGUGGGACUAUUUCAGCAGGGUGAAGCUCUAGUGUACAGACCGUCAGAAUCGAUGGAAUGGCCUGGAAAAAAUAAACCAGAAGCUGAACCCGGUUGUGGUUUUCUCAAUGAACACUGUCCUAAAGAUGAUACUCAUGGUCACAGUAUUAUCGCAGCAGCAAUACUUGCUAUUAUAUUGUUCUGCGUUGCUGUUAUAACAAUGAGUAUCUACAGAAGAUGGAAAAUAGAACAGGAAAUAGAGGGUCUUUUAUGGAAAAUAGAUCCUAGUGAUAUACAUGGUUAUCCCCACCAUGAUAAUCUUAUGUCUUCACCUAGUAAGUUAAGUUUAGUUAGCGCGAUGUCUUAUGAAUCAAAAUGUGGUGGUCAAGUAUUUGCACAAACAGGGCAUUAUCAUGGAGUUAUUGUGCGAAUAAAAGAACUAAAAUUUACCAAGAAAAAAGAUAUAUCACGUGACGUGAUGAAAGAAAUGCGUGUUUUGCGUGAAAUAAGACACGGUAAUCUUAAUUCAUUUAUCGGUGCUUGUGUUGAGCCGACAAGAAUAUUAUUAAUUACCGAUUAUUGUGCCAAAGGAAGUCUUUACGAUAUAAUUGAGAAUGAAGAUAUUAAGUUAGAUGAUAUGUUCAUUGCAUCACUAGUUCAUGAUCUCAUUAAGGGUAUGUUGUAUAUUCACGAAUCGUCCGUGCUAGUCUGUCAUGGUAAUUUAAAGUCUUCAAAUUGUGUUGUAACUUCUCGAUGGGUACUUCAAGUUUCUGAUUUUGGUCUUCAUGAUAUGCGACAUUGUGCUGAAUCUGAAAGUAUUGGAGAACAUCAGUACAAUCGAAAUUUAUUUUGGAAAGCACCAGAAUUAUUAAGAGACCCCAAUGCACCUAUUAGAGGUACUCAAGAAGGUGAUAUUUAUUCUUUUGCCAUAAUACUUUUUGAAAUAGUCGGUAGAAAAGGACCAUUCGGUGGAGUUAGUUUGGAACCCAAAGAAAUAAUAGACAGAGUAAAAAAAUAUCCAGAAGAUGAUGAACAUCCAUUUAGACCCAACAUUGAAAUUCUUUCCGAGUCUGACGCGGAUUGUCCUGACUACGUCGUGAACACGAUAACAGACUGCUGGGCCGAGUGUCCUGAAUUAAGACCGGAUUUCAAGACAAUUAGAACGCGCUUAAAGAAAAUGAAAGCCGGUAGACAUCGUAAUAUUAUGGACCAGAUGAUGGAUAUGAUGGAGACGUAUGCCAACAACCUCGAGGAUCUAGUCAGUGAGCGUACGCGCCUUCUCUUCGAGGAGAAACAAAAAACUGAGGAUUUACUUCAUAGGAUGUUACCUAAACCUGUUGCGAAUUGUUUGACUAAUGGAAUCGGUGUUGAACCAGAAGCUUUUGAUUCAGUGACGAUCUAUUUCAGUGAUAUCGUUGGAUUUACUUCUAUGUCUGCUGAGAGUACUCCUUUCCAAGUUGUCAAUUUUCUUAAUGAUCUUUAUACUUUAUUCGAUCGUAUAAUUAAAGGCUACGAUGUUUAUAAAGUCGAAACUAUCGGUGAUGCGUACAUGGUGGUAUCGGGGUUACCGAUAAAAAAUUCUAAUUGGCAUGCAGGAGAAAUAGCUUCAAUGUCAUUAGAGCUUCUUAACGUAGUUAAACAGCACUCGAUUGCUCAUCGGCCGAAUGAUACGUUAAAAUUACGAAUAGGAAUUCAUACGGGUCCAGUAGUAGCGGGAGUUGUAGGAUUGACAAUGCCACGUUAUUGUCUUUUUGGAGAUACAGUAAACACAGCAUCACGUUUGGAGUCAACCGGUGAACCUCUAAAAAUCCACAUAAGUGCCCAAUGCAAAGACGUUCUAGACAAAAUUGGAGGAUAUAUUAUCGAAGAACGCGGAUUUGUGCACAUGAAAGGAAAAGGUGACGUGAAAACUUACUGGUUAGUCGGCGCUACUGAAAAAGCUGUCCAAAAACGCGAGGUUGACAUAAAUGAUUUACCACCACUGUUCUGUCGUCCACGACGCAGCCCAAAAUUAAAUUCAGACUCACGACAACCUUCACUACUCGCAGGACUGGGCGCUGGUAGCAGAAGACAAUCCACCGUUCCGCGACCCACUGAAGACUCAGUCUCACAAUGUGGAAACUCGAGUCCAGUUCCACGUGCUCUUCGCCUGGGAAACCUAGACCGCUCAGUUUUCCUGGACAACAUUUCCAGAAGUACUUUAGUAAACACGACCGUAAAAGAAGAAUCAGACAUCCGUAAGGCAAACGUAAAAGAAGCAAUCGCAAACUUCUUUUCAGAUCCUAAGGAAAAAACUCCACGAGUACUGUCUACGAUAGCUUCUUCGUCGACAACCAGCGAUUAUCCGACUCAGCUACUUCGUGAAACGCGAUCGCUAGACCUGUUUCCUGUAGUGUUAACUGGGAGCGAAUCGUUUCGUCUCAGUAGCAAGGAUCUAAGACACAUAUACAAGUCUUUCGAAAGUUGUGAUAGGUGUGGUGGUGGUAUGCGAGAUAGCAUCAUUGAUAAGGUUAUUAAUAAUAACUAUCCUAAUGGCGAUUUGUUAACGGUGACACGUAACGAUCAUCAUCAUCAUCAUCAUCAUCACUCGUCAAAUGAAGAAGUAGAUUCUCCAUUACUCGGCGAUGAUACUAUUUGCACCGGGGAAAUAGCUAUUGCUAACAAACCCUGGAGAUCCCUUGAUCAAGUUACUCAAGCGUCAACCAACGACAAUGUCACGGAUAAAAAAACUUCCACUAGAAAUUCAAUAAGAAGUUGGCUUGUUAAUUUAUUCAAUGGUAAUGGACUUAGAAAUAGUGACGUUUCAUUAAGACGCGGAGUUAUCGCUGGUUAUGACAUACAAUCUGAACGUGAGAGUAUCGUGUAAAUUUGUUUUUUUUUCCUUUUUUUUUUUUAUUUUACAUUAUUGAAUAAUAUAUUAAUUAAUAAUUAGUUAUUUUUUUUUCUGUAAACUUUCCAAGCGGAUGAAACGCUUGUUUAAUUGUUGCCAUUUAUAAUUCUGUUUAUUUUUAUUCAAUCAUUAUUAUUAAAUUUAUUGAUUAUAAUUAUUAAUUAAAGUAUAGUAUAGAUUUUAAGUAUGUGCAAUUUAUGUAUAUGAAAGUUACCGACAAGUGUAUAUUUUUUAGAUUUUAUAAUUUGUACCGUUAAAAUGUUUAUGGAUAUGUUUAUAUUUAGAUUUUUGAAUAAUUAAUUUAAUUUAAUAUUAUCAUCAAUUUAUUAAUUGAUGAUUACUAUAAUUAUGACUAUUACUAUGUUAAUAAAAUUUAUUUUCGCGGCCUAGAGAGUGCGAUAAACUUUAUAUUUUUUAAUGAAGGCGCUUCGUCGCAACCAAAGUUUAAAAAUUGACAAAUAAAACAAAUAAAAAAUAUUUUUUUGUGUUAAUACUUUGACAGAUGGAUUAUUAAUUAUUAAUUGUUGUGUAAUCUAUUAUUUACAUAAUUAUAUAAUUGUCUGAGUAUAUAAUAUAUAUUAAUUAAUUAAUUAACCAAUUAAUUAAUAUGUAUUAAUUUUUUUGUUCACUGAAGGAAAGCAAAUUAUCUGUAUGGCUGUGAAAAGUGAACUGGAUUGUACCUAAGGUGCUAGCGUAAGAAAUUAUAAUAUCAAUUAUGUCAAAUGUAUAUAACUGAAUAAUUAUAAUAAUUAUGAUAUGAUGAUAUAUAAAUAUAAUAAUGAUAAAUAAUAUUAUUAAUAGUUAUACUGAAAUAACUGAUAAUAUAUGUAAAAACAAAUGUAUAAAUUAAAAAUAAAUAAACAAGAAAAUAAAAUAUACAGACACUAAAGCUAUAUAUAAUUAAUAAAUGUCUAAUUAAUUUUAUAAAUGUACACUACGAUCUAUUGAUAUAUUCUUCUUGUAAUAAAAACCAGUUUAUCCUAAGAUUUAAUUGUUGUCUUUGUUAAUUUAAAAAAAAAAAUUAUCACUUUAGAAUUUAUAAGUUGAAAAUGUUUUUUUGUUGAAGCUAUUUUAAUAUUUUAAUUAUUUAAAUUUAUUAACGUUCUAUGAAUAACAAUUUUGAAUCUAAUUAUUCAAUCUAUUUAUAAACUAUCGCAAUUAUGUUAUU